GCUCAUAGUGCCCACAGCAUUUUUCCCUGGACAAUGGCGUUGCACUGUAAAUCAUUAACAGCUCUCUUAUUGACAAAGGACCUUUCACUGUUUACAUUAUUACAUCAUUCAUUGCCAGUUCGGCCAAACACUUUGGUAUAUGUGUUGGAACUCAGUGGCUGCAUGUCCCCUCAUUAGAUUAGCUGUUUUAAAUUGAGAAUUUUUUGGUACAUGUAAAGAAUAUAUGCCAUACUUUCACCUUUCAUCAGUCAAUGUGUUUUUCCUCUUUCCUCAAAGUAGUUUAACCGGUUUGGCACCCUUUUUAUUUACGUUCACAGGUGUGUGAAGACUGAAAAUAAAACUCCUUUUUCUCCUCAUUUGGAUCUUUGGGACUCUUUUGGAUGUACAGCUUUUUUUUUAAGUGUUAAACUGACAUAAACUUCAUGUCAUGAUGAAGUCCACAAAGGAUUUAUUGGAGUUUCUGGACCUGAGUCAUCUGUCCACAGAUGAGGAAUUGGCAAUCCGACAGGUGCUUCAGCGAGAUGACAACCUCAGGAAGCGAGAGACUGGACGCAUACGUCGUCUGCAAAUCUCCAUUCCUGACCCUAAAAAGCUUAAAGUUAUGACUGGGGAGUGGUUCGAAGAGCUCCGGACUCAUCGCUAUGGACGACAGUCAGACGUGACAGAAGUUCUCAGGUCUUCAAUGAGGAGAAAGAAGACAACCGCCUUUGGGACUAGCACUUUCAGCGAUGUCGGACAAACAGAAAACAAAGAAGGAGAAAAGGAGAAUAAGGACCCUCAAACCAAGACUUCUGAGAUCCAGACACCAGACACAAGUUUCCUCAACCCAUCUUUUCGUGAAAAGGCUAACCAGGAACUUAGCAAUGAGGAAAGCACUGUGGAUACUGACAACACCGCUGUUGAUGUUCCUGAAUGGAAACAUCCACUCUACAGGUCUCAUGAGGGGCCUGCUAGUAAGGAAAAAUGUACCAGCCCAUUUACAUCUCAAAAUCAAGAGAUGCCAUACUCUAGCACAACUGACACUGUCCACCAAUCACCAGACAGGAAACCUGGACAAGAAAACAAGACAGAAUCUGCUUAUAUUGCCAAUGCCAUUCUUGAGUCUCAGCUCGGUCCUAUCAAUGUAUCUAGUUCCGACCCUCAAACCAAACCAACAACCAAAUCCCUGAACACUAUUGUGGAUCUGAAGUCUAGCAAAAAGCUGGUGUUUCCCCCUGAAAUAAAGGAUGAUCCAGAGAAGAACAGCUCUGUAAUGUAUGUAGACCCCUAUGUAUGGACACAACCAGAGUUGAAAAGUAGCGUCAUAGAGGCCGAGCCAAAAGACAUAGAGAUGGCCAUAGGAACAACUAAAACAAUAGUGAUAUUGCCUAGUGUUGACACACAUAAUAGGUCAGAGGAUAGCACCAUUGGUUUUGAUGUUGAACAUUCAGGGCAGGAGUCUCUCACUACUCCGUCUUUUGAGAUCUGGGCACAGAGCAGCCACAUAAGGCCAAAGCCAAAAGAGGUGAACUUUCCAAAGGUAAAGACAAAUACCACAGGGACUCCACCUACUGGUGACACUCUGACCCAAUCAGAAGAUAAGUUCAACAACAGGAGACCUGAUGAUGAAGUUUCAGAACAUGAGGGGCCUCCUAGCAUGCAAUCUUCAGAGGUCAAGUAUGAGAAGGAGCAAUUUCAGCUUGAAUAUGAAGAUAUGUUGGGGCUGGAAUAUGUUAGGCUAAACCAAGAUGUUUCAACAGAGAGCCAAGAACUUCAAACAGACCAAAACCACAGUGAAAUGCUAUCAUUUGAGAAUACAUACUCUCUCCAGAGAAAGGACCCUUUGCCUACCAUUGAGUCAUUCAAAUGUAUAGAGGAACCUCAGUACUUGCUCCAAGAGGGACCACAGGACAUACUCACCAUAGACAAACAUGUUCCUGUUGAUGAAUCAUCUAUCUUCAAAGAGGCCAGACCCAAGAAGGACCUAGUUUGUUCAGAAGAAUCUCUACCAUUUGCUGUUUGUUUUCUAGAUGAAGUCAUAAUUUCUAGCAAUCUCCAUACAUCAAAGGAGGACACUGGUGAGGACAAAGAGAAGGAAGUGUCAAAGUUAAGAAAUGAUUCUCUCUCAGAGACUGGUCCAUCUUUGUUACAUGUUUCAUGCCACGAACAAUUGCAUAGGGUUUCUCCAAGAGAUUUUGAUGAAGAAAAGAAACAAGAACAGAUGGAUGUAAAGAAGUCUACUGAAUCUCUAAGUAAAGCAGUGGAUGGAGAGACAUUUGUUACUUUAGAUGGAGAGGAGGUAGAUAUAUUUAAGGAAAGGAAUACUUUGGAGUGCAAGCUGUCUCCAAAUGGAGACUUUCAAAAAGUGAAUCAGAAGACUGGAAAAUGUCUCAUUCCCACAAUAGUGGUCAAUUCCUCUGAAUCCCCAGUGACAGAUGACACUGAAGAGCACCCAGCUACGUCUCAGGAACCCCCUUCACUGGUUGUUACACCUAUGGACACCUGGGAGGAUGAGGGUCUGGACUCAGAUGAUGACUGCAGCUCUGUCUCCAGCUAUGGGUCUGACUUCUCUGCAAGAAGAGGUUAUGGCUCCAUUGCUUUGGGCCUCACUGGGCGCACUGGCAGUCUUCUGAGUGUGUACAGUGAGGCGGGGGACUUUGGGAGUGUGACUGUCCAGGGGGCAGUGGAGUUCUCGCUAAGGUACAGAAAUGCAGAGGAGCUCAUCGUCACAGUGGAGCAGUGUCAGGACCUUGCCUACGCCAACCCUCGCAAGCAGCGCACAGACCCAUAUGUGAAGACCUACCUCCACCCUGACAAAUCCCGCCAUAGCAAGAAGAAGACCUCCAUCAAGAAACGCACAAUUAACCCAGUGUUUGGUGGAGAGACACUGAAAUACAAGAUGACGAUGGAUGAUCUGAAAGGCAGGACACUGAACCUUUCUGUGUGGCACAAUGACUCUAGAGGGAGAAAUGUCUUUCUGGGGCAGGUAGACAUUGACCUUAAGACCUGGGACUGGGGGCAUGAGACCCUUACCUGGUACAACCUACAGCCCAAGAAUCCUGGCGUUCAGGACUCUCCUGAAUAUCAUGGACUGUUGACAGUAGCACUGAAAUAUAUUCCCCCUGGCUCAGCAGGUGGUGACAAGAUUAACUCAGGGCAGGUCCAUGUGUGGCUGAAGGAGGCCAGAGAGCUGCGUAAGCUAAAGCCUCAGGGUGUCGACUCCUUUGUGAAGUGUUACAUGUUGCCUGACACAAGCAAGAAGAGUCGUCAGAAGACGCGGGUGGUGAAGAAGAGCCAAAAGCCUGUGUAUAACCACGCCAUGGUGUACGACGGUUUCUGUGCCGGAGAGGUCAAAGAGGCUUGCUGCGAGCUGACUGUGUGGGACCACAACAAACUCUCCAAUCAGUUCCUGGGAGGGGUGCGCCUCAGUCUGGGCACAGGACAAAGCUAUGGCAAAAACGUGGACUGGAUGGAAUCUGUCAAUGAGGAAAUUAAACUUUGGGAAAAUAUGCUAUCAAGUCCAGAUGCUUGGGUGGAGGGUGAGAUCCCCCUUCGUUCCUCUAUGACCCCCAGGAAGUAGAAUAAAUCAGUGCGGGAGCGCAGCGCAGUGGUAGUGCUAGAGUCGAACACGCGCAUAUUUCCAUGAGCAACACUUUCCAACUUUCUACCCUCUUCAACUGUACCCCAUAAUCUACAUUCUAACUUUUCUGAAAAAAGGAAAACAAAUAUAUCAGGAUGAUGAGGUUCGGUAAAAGGUAAUUACUGCUCAGAACCUUUUUCUUGUGAUAGAGAUUUUUGACUGUGAUUAAUCAAAGUAUAAAGAAUUAGAAUUGCAAUGCA